AUGCCUAUUGGUAACUCUCAAGACAGCGGUGUCACAGGUGCUGCCAAAUUUGCAACUUCCACCGUUGGAAACCUCGUCGGAGGAGUCAGCCGUACCGUUGGUGGCGUUACUGGUGCUGCGACGCGUGGUGUCGGCGAUACUAUUACCAGCGCUACAGGGAGCGCGGGUAAGCCCCUUGGUGAUGGGCUAAGCAAUGUAGGAAGUGGAGUUGAGGAUGGAGCGAAGAGAGUUGGGAAGGGGGUGGAGGAUGCUGGGCAGUGGAAGUCAUCUUGGUGA